AUGUUCAAAGGUCAGACCGUACCAGUCACAUCGUCCGAGGACCAAAAUGUCGAGUUAGGAAAGGCAGUAGACGCAAGGCAUAGGAAGAGCGGUAAAGCGGCUGUGAACUCGAUGACCAAAUCGAUCACAAAGCUGAUGGGAAGUAAAGCGAAGGGUACACGAGUGCACAGCGAGGUUGAGGUGUUCUCAAAAAUGAUGUACAAAGACAACGUACAAGAGAUGGUGAAGAAGGAAAUCGAGGCAGGUGCCCUGGUCACGAAAGAAGAAAAACUCCGAGGCUUGAAGGAGCUUACUAGGAAGGUGUAUGAUGCUUCUAGUGAGGAGGUUCGCGCUUUGUGUAAAGCAAAAGUACAAGAAGAACGAGACUCCAAGGCUCAAGUUAUCCUUGGGGGACUUAAAGGGGGAGGUGGCGUGUGUCCUACGAAUGAGCAGGCACUCGAAGAAUGCACUGGUCCUAUCUCACAAUUUCUGCAGGCUAUCCAGCACAUGACAGGUUUUGAAUGGACUGUCAUUGGUGCGGGCCCUGAUCCUCGCCUGGAUGGUAAACUUAAUGCACUCACUUACCACACUGGCGUCAAUCAUGCAGGCAGGAAUUGGCAUGAAUCUACACCCGACCUUGUUGAACUGUCACCUCAAUCCUUACUUGGAGUUUGUCGGUACCAUUUUCCUCGGAACAUGUUAGGAAGACACGCGUGCCUCAAUUAUGUGCCUCCAAGUCCUCCAAGGGAUCCGACUCCAGACUCGAACACUGCUGUCAUUCCACUCACAACAGACCUCAAUCAAAUGCAGGGCCUUUUCUUGACUGGGGCUCAGCUUACGGGCCUCCCUAUGGAAGCACUCCUCCCUGCACAUCCUGACGCCAUCUUAUCUCAUAAUGCCUCAGAGAUUUCGGCUGCAACCCCUCACCUUCCCAGCAUCCCAUCCUGGUGUCAUGGUACCAGUCUGAUUCAGCCUCCACCAAUCAUGCUGAGGACAAUGUCUCUACUGCCACUGUACCUGACUGCUAGUCAUCACUCGGAAAAACGGGCUGCUGGCGUGGACUUGCCAGCAGUAGAUCCUGGGUUGAUUUUUGAUGAGCAUCCGGCGCAAGCACCCACACCCACACCGACCGCAGACGAGCGCACAUCCACUUGCACUUACCAGCACCAACCCAAGCCGCCUGCUGCAACCCCUGCACUGACUAUGGACGAGCCUCUGAAACGAGCUGACGCACCUCCACCGACUGUGGACGAACACAUAUCCAGCACCGCCAGUGCACCGAGAAAGACGGGGCGUGUUAGACAAGCUACCACGCGUCUUACACAGGCAAACAACAUCGGAGAGGUCAAAGUGAAACGCAAGGCUGCUACAAUUGUGGGGGACUCGGCAUGCCCCUCUUCAAAGAGACGAAAAUCAUAG